AUGCAAUCGUUUUCACUUGAACUUUAUCCAACAAGAGGACAUAUACAUAUUUCAUUUUAUAAAAAUGUAACGAAUGCAGAAGAUUUACGAAAACGUUUACUAUCUCAUGAUCAAGAAUUAUCUUAUGCUUUUAUAGAUGCUAAAGUGGUGUUGGACCAGUUUCAACUACUGAUAGCUGCAAAUGACGCGGUACACCAUGAAUUACAUUCUUUGCUUAAAACUUAUAACAUAAAUGAAUCUCUACGAAGAUUUGGUAUUUCUAAUUCUUCAACUUCAAUCGUUGUUGUUAAGGUUGGAGGAAAUGCUGAAGAGGUGAAGUCUCAUUUAUCGACAUUGAUUCAUGGUGAAGAAGCAGAUGUUGGAGAAUUUUCUAAUUCCGUAGAUAUUUCGAGUAUCAAAAAGUAUUAUAAGAUUGAUAAUAAGGUUACCGAUCAAAAAGAAAUGCUUGAUAUUAUUGUUGGAUCAAUCGCUAUUAAAAGUGUAAGUUAA